UUCUCGCCCGGGGUGGAGGCAAGUUGGUUGUUGAGCAGGUUAUGAAGGUGGGUCCCGGAGAGAAAGCCUACAUUUCAUGAGUCUGAGGWGAAGUAGGAGGAAAAUCAGGCGAAAACUGGGGAGGUGAAGAUGGAAGGAAUGGUUUGAAGAACUGCUCUAAAAGCAUCAGUGAAUCCAAAGGUGCCAGAUAAAUCCUGGAACUGACCUGUUUCUAAUUUCUGUGUGAUCCUGGACAUCAGCACUGAGAUGGGCAAUGAGAACAGCAGUGCAGAGAACGAGAACACUCCACAAGAUUCAGAACUAGGCCARCCUCCUGGUAAUGGCCACAAUUUGAAAUGGAGCCCUCAGGAAAACAGCCUAGAAAAGCCUGGAGGUCAGGACAUCUCAGACCCUCUUCCUGCUGCUGUGCCAGGGGCUGAGAGUUUAUCCCCACCAGCCCCAGGACGUGCAAGCRUCGGUAAUGAAGGCAUCAGUGCUGAAGAGCUUUCCAAACCCAACUCCAGCACGGUGCCUGCAGAGGGGACAGGACACAGCACUGCCCUGCACGAGCCAGGAGGACAAACAGACUCUGRGUUCUUAAAAAACUCUGCUGAAGUGAGGGAGAGGAGCCUGCCCAUCUCUGUGCCUCUCUCCAAGGAACAUGGCACAGGCAGCAGUGACAAAUCACACCCCUCAGACUGCAGCACAGCACCAGCUCCAKGGAAUGGCACACAAGAGGGGUCAGCACAUGCAAAAUCUGUGGAAAAUAUCACUGCCCACUCUACCAAAACCAGCGAGAACGAGCCCAAAAUGCCCUGCCUGGAGCCCAGCCCUGCAGCAACCAUCCCAGAAAUGCCAGGAGCCACACAAAUGGGUUUGAGUGCAUUARGAUCACUCCAGCAGGACGAGCAGCUGGGUGGCAUGAGGGAGCCACAUGUCAGCUCGAUUCCCCGGGGUGAAGCAGCAGGAGAUUAUUUUACUGCUCAGGAGGCCGGGCAGGAGCGAGGAGUUUUGGAAGUAGGUCAGCUGCAGGCAGUAAUGMAGCAAGGUAGACAGAACACAGAUGGUGGAGAGGGUCUGCUAAUGAAAAAGGAAACCUUAAUCCCAAAUUAUCCAGCAACAGGAGGCUCAGACAGUGAAAAAUUUGGAGCAAUUGUGAAUGCUCAGGGUUUCAGUGGGAUCUGUAACCUACAGAUGGGGGCUGAAACARCAGCUAAAGGGAAUGAGGCAAAUCCAGCUCUACCUGGAAGCAGAAGGAAGCAAUCAGAACCCUGUACUUUAAUGUCAGAGUUGCCUUCUAGCCCUCCAAAUUUCUUCCUGGUACCAAAGCCUGAAGAGCUUUCAAGUGAGUAUGUGCCUGGAAACGGCCCUCAAGAUCCACCGAGGAGUGAAGCAGUGAAAACAGCUUCUGAAAAAAACAAACCCCUUUWUCAAAGAGAGCUUCAAAAGGAGGAUGAGCUUAUUAGUGCUGAGAAUUUCAGCGUGCCUUUAUCUUUUGAGAGAGAGGAAGAAGAAAAAUCAGCUGUCACAACUGAAAGCCCAGAAGAAGCCAAUAGCAAUGAAAUUAUAAAAGCUGGUGAUGUGUCUAGAGAAAGCACCACGCGUUCUGAAACAGAAAGCAUUAUCAGUCCCACCAAGGAAAAUUCAGUGGUAGAUAAAAGAUUAUUACUGGAGGAAUAUGCAUUAAGUACUUCUGUGUGCAGAUCCACUGAGCUGUAUCAAAAAGAAACGGGGGCGGAUGUAACAGGAGGGAAAAAUGGAAUCAGAACAGAGGAUGCACAAAUGUCAGAAACCAGUGAAUUACCUGAGGGCUCGAGUGGGGCAGGAAGACAAAUGUUGAGCUCUGUCAGCAGCCACCACCAGGACAUGGAAAAUCCCCACUUGGAACAGGACCCUGAAAAAUUCAGUCUUGGUGAAAACACCUCAACAGGUGACCUGGGGGAAGAAGGUGAGGGAAGGCCUCUGAAUUUAGAGUGCAACUUUAAAUCAUCCAAAAGUAAUUCCCAGCCUUGUGGUUGUGAGCCUGAUCAACAAACGAGCCAAGAGAAAGCAGCUUCCCAAGAUGGUCUGGAGAACAAAAUAAUGGCUACCCCACAGCUGGCAAGGGAGGAAUGCCCACGGAGUUCUGAUUGUUUUAACACUGGGGCAGGAGGCAGAACUUCAGAGCAGUCAGGCUGUAGCAGGACUGAAAAAGUUUGUUUGGAUGGUGCACACAGUUCAGUGCUCCUCCACCCUGGGAACGGUCAUAUUAAGCAGAGUAAGCAGGAUGAAUCCUGGGAAAAGAAUUUUGCUGGAGAAACUGUGCUGGAACCUGAAUGCAAAGCUGAGAGUCAGGAAAAGCCUGAGAGCUCCAGCAAGUCAGGAGAAAGUGCAAAAAUGCCCCAAUUAAAACUCKAUUUCCAGGGGUUGGAUGAGUUGGCAGGGACUGUGGGACAAACCAAGGAGGCCUCACAGGCUCCAGAAACCAAAGACCAGAACAGUUUAAUCACUGAAGCAUCUCACAGAGAUCCAGAACAGGAACCUGCAGCUGCACACAGCAUUGCUGGGGAUGGGAAUCAAAAUGAAGGUACUCAGCAAGAGAAGCACCAAACUGCAGGGAAAAGGUCUGAGGAGGAGGAAGAUUUGGCUCAGAAAAGUGAAUGUAAAUCAGAUGUGCCAAUGCAAGCUCAGCCGGAGCAAGAGGCUCCAGAAAGUCACAGAAAAACGCAGAAGACCCGUUCAGAACCCCCCCAGGCUGCAGCUGGCACUUCAGGGCUCACUGCUCAGCACAUUCACAUGGAGGAAGGGGGUGACAGCCACRUCACUGCAGAGAGCUGUCCCUCUGACAGGGACACGAGCAGCUCUGCAGAGAUUCUGGAGCGCGGUAUCCGAGAGCCGCAGGAAAACACAGAAAAUCCAACAGCUCCUCCCCAGGUAGGGCAAACAGAGCAGCUGCUGCCUGGUGCUGGUGACAGUGGCUGGAGCUCAAAUACACGACCUGAACAACACCAAAACAGCCUGGCAGCUGUCAGGGGAGCAGGUGAGCAGGAGCACAAAGGAAGGGCACAGAAACCCGGGCGGCAAUUGGACCGAGAUAACAACACACCACAAACACCUCUGGAGAUUUCAAACAACCCUGAAAAACAAUCUGUGCCAGGGCCAGCACCGCCCCAGCCUGGCUCUGACAGGCCAGAAGAACAGGACAAGGACAGCAGAGCUGAGGAUGUGUGCAGCAGCAAACACGGGCAAAACCCUCCUGGUGUGAGCGUGCUUCAUUUGCAAGAUGGCAAGGAGCAAAACAAAACCCAUCUCAAGGCAGAAGGGAAGUGCUGCGCUAAGCAAAACCCGAGCAAGCCCGAGCAGGGUGAUAAUUCUUUGAUCUCAGCGAGGCAGCAUGAAGCAGCAUGUCAGAGAGACACGUUUUGUGAUGAGCCUGGAAAGGAUGAGCAGCCAGGCAGGGGAGAGGGUAAUGCUGCUGUGAACGCUCUGCCAGGGACGCAGCAUUCAGCAAGUGCCACCAACACAUCACAGGCUGAUACAGAAAUAGCACAUACUGCUGAUAAUUCUGAGAAAAACGAUCCCCAAAUACCUUGUCCAGAAACUCAAAGGAAAGCACCAUUAAUGGCAAAAAACUCAGAAAAUAUUCUGGCUGCUGAUGGGGGAAUCUUCCAGAAAGAUGGAAAUGCGGAGAUAAGUUGUGAGGACAGUGCUUCUGUCACUUCUGUCACAGAAAUAAGCAAUAUAAAGCCUGAUACAAGUCCAGGAGCACAGGAAUCUCCUUCAUCACUACAGGCACACAGGGAAAUAAUUCCCACUGAUAACUCACAUAAAUCCAGCUGCAUUCAAAAUGCAACAGAGCAGCCUGGUUACUGUCARGCAGAUUUUACAGCCCUCUCUACCCAGCCCUCUGCACUCAGCCAUUCCAGCCAGCAACCUGGAAACAACACAGACAAGAGUACUGGGGGCGAAUCACUAAAUUAUGAUCUGGAAGCUGUGGCAUGUCAAAGCACAUUAGACAGUAACUCCAAUUUGCAGGGUCCUCAGGUGUCAGCACUCUCAGGUCCUUCAUCCAGGGAAAGCACAGGCAAAACAGCAAAUUCAGAAAACAGCUCUGCAGGGAAUAUGCGUGUGAGUGGAAAAGACUGUCCAGAGCAAAGUUUUCAGGGUGAUGGAGAUGGGAGUUUCACCCUGCCAGAGACUUUGAAUGUAGGGCAGAGAACUGGAAACUCAUCACACUUCAGUUCUGAGAAGCUGAAGAAAGAGAUCACUGCAAUUAAAUCCAAAAAAACAAAAAGUGAGCUAAACUUCAAAGAGCAGCAAAGUGACAGUUCAGCAGAGGCUCUGUUAGCACUCCCUACUCCAGAAGGGAAGCUGCUGAGCCUUUCAUCAUCACAAGAAGGCUGUAAUGAGGAAAUUGCAACCAAUAUCUGUGUAGAUGACAAGUACGGUGAGAUCUUAGAGAAACAUGGGAAUUCAGAAAAAAUGGAAGAGCUUUCAAAAGAGAAUAAUAACAUAACCAGGGCAGACAUCAGUAUUUCCAAGCAGUCUGCAGAGAACUCUGCAAGGGAGCAUGAGGCUCUGACUUGCAGCUCCCUGGACAUUAGCUCCAGCAUCCCAGACUUCAGAGAGCACAUCAGCCAGAUUUUUAAAAAAACUCUCAACAGCACACUGAGUGCUGAAUUACCCCAACUUUUGUCCGAAAACCAUGCAGGCUCCAAGCAGAGUGCAGUGGCCAAGGACACAGCAGAACUCUGUGGUGUGGAGAACUUUUCAGAACCAAACAGGGCAGGCACAGGAGCUCCCGAGGCCACCUCAGAAUCAGAGGGGCACGAGUUGUCUUUAGCUGCCGGUACUUCCCACAAAGCUGCCCAAGGCAAAUCUCUGCAAGGAGCAAACACAGCAGCAGAGCUGCCACCAGCAAAUCUCCAGGAGACCGAGGCAAGCAGGCAGCCCGCUGGCUGUUUAGAAGAGUUGUUCCCCAGCUUGGAUGGCGCUCCAUCUGCCCAACGCGCUCCGGAAAAUCCUCGCCAGCCGGGCAAACCCAGCGAGAGCGGUGAGAUGGAAAGACAGGAGGGCGUGUGUGCCGGUGGCGUUGAUCCUGAAUCGCUAAUGAGCUUAGAGAUAAAGGAGCAAGGACCAGCUUCAUCCCAUGGGGCAGCAGCUGAGGAGUUGCCCUCGUGUUCCGACAGGCAGCAGCAGCCCGGCGGAGCUGCGAGCUCUGCGGGCGAUGGAGGAGAUGCUGCUGCCACGCAGGGAAAUCACUUAAUUACAAAACCAGCUUCCUCUGAAGGGGAUCUGAGUCUUCCCAGUGAGCAGUGCCAGGAUCUUAAGCCAAAUGAGCAGGAGGAAAGUGAGCACGGCGAUCCAGGCGUUGCCAAGAGCAUCUCUGGCAUGGCAGCUUCAACUCUUGUCCCCGGAGGAUCUUACAGAAGUGAAAAACUGCCAGACMAUUUUAAUGUGUCACCUGAGGAGGRGCAGGAGGSACAUGUUCACAGCAGUUUUGUGCAUGACAUCGGGUCUCAGAAUGACAUGCAGGUGAUACAGGAUGAAACAGUAAACGGGAAAUGCUUGGAAACAUCGGGAAAUCCUCAAGAUGCGCAGCAAGAAAAGAAAGUGACGGUGCAGGGGUUAAUAGAUUACUUAAAAACUGAAGUAAGCCAGGAUGAUUGCUUGCAAACUGACUGUAAAGUAGAAGCUGGCAGUGUGACUGAGGGAGAUGUGAAAGAGAGCGGUGACACAGAGCUGAGCACGGCAAGGACAGGUAAAGGAAAAACUGGAGACAUCYCCGAAACAGGUACUGCAAGGAUGUUAGUCACUGCUGAGGGACACUUAGCUAUAAACACCAGCAGCGAGGAGCAGGAGGCAGAGCUGUGCAAAAACCACUCUGCAGCUUUCCCUGUGAUGGAGCAGGAUGAGCAUUCUGCAUGUGCAGGUCUCGCUGCUGCUGAAAAUCAGCCAAGCAGGAUGAAUGCAGAACACCAAAGCUCCCUCCAGGAUGCCAAAGGAAAGCUAUCACCGCCUGCAUUAACUGAGCCUAAGAACCUUGACCUCAGUGAACUUCACGACGUGGCUGUGGCAGGAUUACCCACUGAAAGCCCUCCUGGGCCAGGUGAUGAUCAUCAGUUGGCUUCUCCCCUCGACCCCUGCGAGCAUCCCUUGCCUGUGUGUGCAGCCUCUGGAAAUGCUGRCCCCGUGGGAUCUGCUGAGCUGACCACAGCAAGCACUUCCAAGCCUGAUUGCUGCCAAGAAGUUGAUAACCACGUUUCUGAGGAUGUACCUUUGGCYGUGGCCCCUGGUGAUGGUGUAGAGCUGCCUGCUCCAGAAACCGAAGGUUUCACWAGGGAAAAAAAGAGGAGCUCUGACUCUGAAGAAGCAUUUGAGACCCCAGAAUCCACUACACCUGUCAAGGCACCACCUUCACCUCCACAGCCACCCCCUGAAGCAGCAGCAGCAGCAGCAGCAGCAGUUGUUGCAGACGUAGCAGAGCAAGAAAUAAAACCCCAGCUGCCCGUGGAAGAUACAGGGCCRUGCUCAGAAGCUGAACCCGUACCCGAUGUGUCGCACAGCGAGCCGGUUCAAGAGAGCCCUUUCCGUCCCCCUUGCCACUCCUUCUCCACUGUCUUCGACGAGGACAAGCCCAUAGCCAGCAGCGGCACCUACAACCUGGACUUUGAUAACAUUGAGCUGGUUGAUUCUCUCCAUGCCUUAGGACCGAGCUCUGCGGAGCCCAAGAACCGCGACCCCAAAGCAAAUGUCCGGAGAAAAUCCACGGAUUCGGUGCCGGUGUCCAAAUCCACGUUGUCGCGCUCUCUCAGCCUGCAGGCCAGCGAUUUUGAUGGAGCCUCUUACCUUGGCAACAGCGAGACGUUAGCGCCAUCAGCAGAUGCCUAYGGUACUGGUUCAAGCAGUGCUUCCAGUACCCUCAAGAGGACGAAAAAACCCAGACCAGCUUCCUUAAAAAAGAAGCAGUCGGCCAAAAAACCUCUGGAUGCUCCCCUGGUGAAGGAAACCCCGCAAGAGCCGGCUGAGCUUGGCCAAACAACUUGCGAGGAGAAAGCGCCUGAGGUGAGGGCUGACCCAGCRAAGCCCGAAUGUACUGAACCUUCCAAAAUCUCUGCUGAGAAAGAGGAGGCCCCUCCUGUGCCUGAAGGAUCCGAGCCUUGUGAUCCAGACCAUUCCGAAGGGAUCGGCGCGUUCGGCUCUGGAGGGGGCAAAGUGCAGAACUCUCCCCCCGUCGGCAGGAAAACGCUGCCUCUGACGGCGACCCCCGAGGCCGGGGAGGUCACUCCACCGGACACCGGGGGCCAGGAGGACCCUCCAGUCAAAGGCAUCGCCGUGAGGCUGGAGUUUGAUUACUCUGAGGAGAAAGGGGGGAGCGAGGAGCAGCAGGAGAGCACUCCCCCUCCCAAAAAAGCGGGUAAAAAGCCUGGUGCUAAAAUGCCGCUGCGGAGGCCAAAGACUAAAAAAGCGGUGGAGAAGCUUGACAAUGCUCCGACCAGCCCGACAAAGUCGCCUGUGGAUCCCAACGAAAUCCCCAUCACAAAAGGCUCUUACACUUUUGAUAUCGACAAGUGGGAUGAUCCCAAUUUUAACCCCUUCUCAUCCAGUACAAAAAUGCAGGAAUCGCCCAAACUGCCUCAGCAAACCUACAGCUUYGAGCCGGACAUGUGUGAGGACUCCAUUGACCCUUUCAAGACCUCCUCCAAGAUAGCCAGCUCGCCCUCCAAAUCUCCAGCUUCCUUCGAGAUACCAGCCAGUGCCAACGAGACAAACGGAACAGAAGGGGACAACCUCAACAAACCUGCCAAGAAGAAGAAGACGCCACUAAAAACUGAUACAUUUAGGGUGAAAAAAUCACCAAAAAGAUCCCCACUAUCAGAUCCUCCUUCUCAGGAUCCCACUCCACUGCCAACUCCUGAAACGCCUCCUGUCAUCUCCACGGUGGUUCAUGCCACGGAUGAGGAGAAGCUGGCGUCCUCRGUGACGGGUCAGAAGUGGACCUGCAUGACUGUGGACCUGAACACGGACAAGCAGGAUUACCCCCAGCCCUCUGACCUGUCCACCUUCGUCAACGAGACCAAAUUCAGCUCUCCCACAGAGGAAUUGGAAUAUGGCAACUCAUAUGAAAUAGAAUAUAUGGAGAAAAUAGGCCCCUCUGUGCCUCAGGAUGAUGGCACCCCGAAGAAGCAGUCCUUGUACCUCGUGUUUGAUGCACAGCAGGAGAGCCCGGUGAAAUCUCCUCCCAUCCGACUGUCUGACUCCACAACUCCCUGCUCAGGGUCGAGUUUUGAAGACCCUGAAGGCCAGCAGUCCUCUGGAAUGAAAAUACCACACCCAGCUUCCCGAGUCCUAGCUGCCAGCCAGGAGGCACAUUUACAGUCCCCUGACAAGGCAAAGCAGAAGGACCUGGAGCCCAUGACCCUAGGAACRACUCCAGAGGCUAUUGAAAUAACAUCUCCUGAAGACUCCUUUGUCUCUGCUGAUGCUCUUCUCAAUAGGAUAUCUAAGAAAACCUCAAUAUGUGAUCAGCCUGAAUAUCUAGAUCCUGACUUAGCAGAAAAGAACCCCCCAGUAUUUGCUCAGAAACUUCAGGAGGAGUUAGAGUUUGCUGCCAUGAGGAUAGAAGCGCUGAAGUUAGCCAGGCAGAUUGCCCUCUCCUCUUUGCGCUCCAAGAGAGAACCUGCUAUCCCAGCAGAUGUUUCCAUCUCCAAAAGCGCGCUGUACUCCCGCCUGGGUGCCUCGGAUGCAGAAAGCAGCACAGCUCUGCUCUACCCCCAGCAGGACUUGGAUGCUGCCCUGAGGCUCGCCAGAGCAGAGAUUGUUGCCAAGGAAAGGGAAGUAUCUGAAUGGAAAGAGAAAUAUGAAGAAAGCAGAAGGGAAGUGAUGGAAAUGAGAAAAAUAGUUUCGGAGUACGAGAAGACGAUUGCUCAGAUGAUAGAGGAUGAACAGAGAGAGAAAUCUGUCUCCCACCACACUGUUCAGCAACUGAUCGUGGAGAAGGAGCAAGCUUUGGCCGAUCUGAACUCAGUGGAGAAAUCCCUGGCAGAUCUUUUCAGGAGAUACGAGAAAAUGAAAGAGGUGCUGGAGGGGUUCCGGAAGAAUGAAGAAGUGUUGAAGAAAUGCGCACAGGAAUAUUUGUCACGAGUGAAGAAGGAAGAGCAGAGGUAUCAGGCACUCAAAAUCCACGCUGAGGAGAAACUGGACAGAGCCAAUGCUGAAAUUGCACAAGUGAGAGGCAAGGCGCAGCAGGAGCAGGCAGCGUACCAGGCCAGCCUUCGGAAGGAGCAGCUCAAAGUGGAUGCCUUGGAGAGAACACUGGAACAAAAGAAUAAAGAGAUAGAAGAAUUAACAAAGAUUUGUGACGAACUGAUUGCCAAAAUGGGGAAAAGCUAACUUUUAACCAAAUUUCUGGACUUCGAUAUUGAGUGCAAUAUGACCAUUGGCACACUGAUGUCCAUACCUUUAUGUGGACAGGUUAUAUUUUCACUUUUUCGUAUGCACUACUGUAUUUUCUUUCUAAAUAAAGUUGAUUUAAUUGUA